GCAAGCCAGAGAAAUAUGAAUUAGAUAUCGAACUUCAUGACAAGACCAUUAAUGUUGAUGAUAAUGCUGCUAUGAUACUUGAAGAUCUUUCAGCUGAAAAUAAUCUGAAUAUACUAAUGGAUAAAGAUAUUAUCAAAAUGGUAAAAGAUGAAUUUCGUGAUAAUGAAACUGAUGAUAAGGAUAAUGACGAAGAAGAACCACCAUCUCUGAAAACUAUAACGGAGGCUAUUGAGGCAUUAGAGAAAGUUAUAAGAUACCAAGAAGACCUCGAC